UGCAAAGCCAAUCCACCAUAACACUUAUUCUGGAAAAAAAAUCAGUGGCUAACUUUAUAAGAUUAUCUGCGUCUCCACUAUAAUAGUCUUGGACUGGAUUACAACACAAUCUGCUGCAGUGGUGGGAAACCUGCAGUGACUGAAGACAGCUGUCUGGAUUUAGGCAGUGAUGAUCAUAAUCCCAUUUGGCACCUUGAGGGGCUCGACAGAGCAAACACAAGACAGAGACACAAGCUCCACAGAAGUUUACCGACCAAUCGCAGGAGAUACAAGAAUUUAAACUUUGUUGAUCAGGAUGGGGAAUACUAAGAGCAGCGCUUUGUCGAAGGAGCUCCUGGAAGAGCUGAAGUCCAACACCAAAUACACAGAGGCUGAACUGUGCACCUGGUAUCAGUCCUUCCUCAAGGAGUGUCCCAGCGGGAGGAUCAGCAAGCAGCAGUUCGAGGGCAUCUAUGCCAGCUUCUUCCCAGACGCGGACCCCACUGCGUAUGCGCGGCAUGUUUUCAGGAGUUUUGACACUAAUGCAGACGGAACUUUGGACUUUAAGGAGUACAUCGUCGCUCUGCACCUCACCUCCGGGGGAAAGACUCUGCAGAAGCUGGAGUGGGCCUUUGGCCUCUAUGAUGUGGACGGAAAUGGAACCAUCAGCAAAAAUGAAAUCCAAGAGAUUGUUAGGUCAAUAUUCAACAUGAUUCCUGCUGAAGCACAGAAGAAGCUCCCCGAGGAUGAAAACACGCCGGAGAAAAGGGCUGAAAAAAUCUGGGCGUUUUUCGGAAAGAAGGAGAACGAUAAAAUCUCAGAGGGAGAGUUCAUUCAGGGCGUGAUGGACAACAAGGAUAUUCUACGCUUGAUACAAUACGAUGAACCUCAGAAAAUCAAAGACAAGCUGAAAGAGAAGAAGCAGUAGAGUACAGGCUAAAAACAGAGCAGAAAAAAAACUCACGUGGUUCUAAGACUGAUUUCUGUGACUAUAUUUUAACCGCUUUAACCACAUUUCUCAUUUUUUAUUGUAAUUAAUCAUGUUCAUGUUCUUUCUGGUAAACUAGUUAAAAAGUGUUUCAUUUUUUGUCAUUGCAAGUAAUAAGUAAAUAAGGAAAUUAGGCACAUUUGAUAAAAUAAAAUAAAAUAAAAUAGAAGCUGAACAAUUGUGCAAUGGAUCCAUUUUAAACAGUGUAACCGCACAGGUUAGAACAGGGAUGGCAGCGUGAAUGUUGAUGAAUGUUGGGAGUCAAAACAGUGUUGACGUUUAAUUAACCAGAAUCAAUUUCUUCACAUUUUUACUUGUGUUGCAAUAAAUGUUAUUAAUAACUCCUUUGUGGAUUCAUAUUCACACUUCACAGAGUCAUCCAUAGGCUGGACUGGACGUUUUUUGGCGUGUCCGUUUUUUUUUAGGAGUUGUACUUUGUGUAAACGAGCUGAUUACAUGCAGUUAAAUAUUUAAAUCACACAAUUUACAAUGGUCAGCGCACGAGUUUGUUCCUUAUUUUAGUUUGUUCAGGUUUGUUCAAAUAUGUUUUGUACGUUUUUUUGUGUAGUCGUGGCAGUGAACACAUUAACU